AUGACGUCUCUUAUUGAAUUGCUAUACAGGUUUGACACUUAUAUUACGAGCCAGCUAGAGGCGAAUUCGUUCACGUCAAAUUUGUUAAUAACUCCGACUUCGAAAUUCAUUACGGAAAUUCUUGUUUUGACAUUUAUUGGCCUUUUGAGCUAUGAGAUUAUCUAUUGGAGCGGGAUCUAUUUGAACUUAUGGGAAUACCAUGCUAAGGAUGUGUUUACGGAGGUGCCUAUCCAUUGUGCCCAUGUCAACAUACGAUUAAAUAUUAUCAAUCGAUCCAGUGAGUCGAAAUUAAACGAGUAUUACGAUAUCAAAAAUAAAUCAAGGUACCAUAAUCUCCUAUAUUGGAAACAAUUGAAUGACUUGAGUGCAAAUAUGUUCAAGCUAAACAAAUUUAUUAAAUACUACUUUGAAUUUAGCCCUGAUGAUUUUGAAAUGAACAAAGAACCCGAGUUUGGAUCCACGGUUCUGCACUUGAGAGCUAAAAUUUUGAAGUUGUUCAAUGAAUCUGAACUUUACAGGGACUAUGAGAAAAGCGCCAUACAACCUAAUGAUGUUAAAAUAUUCAACAAUCAAAAUAAAGAAGUGUCAAUUGAAGAGAAUGAUAAUUACUUAAGUAAAUGCAACAUUGAAACAGGUAAUACUAUUGACACCAUUGUUAUAUUGUGA